GUGACGCCGAUGGAGCAGGCGAGGUCUUCGGUCUUCCCAGUCGCGCCGCCUGCGCAGGGCCAGGGCGCAGCCGUGCCGUGUGGGCACCGACUCCGUCAUGACCAGAAUGCCUGCGACGGAGGGGUCCAAGGAAGAAGAUGACAGAUCGCGCUAAAAAGGAAUGGCUAUGCCGGUGGAAGAGGAAGAAGAGAAAUCUCUCUCUCUCUAUUUCAAGAAAGGGCUGAAAGCCGGGAUUCCACUUGGCCAAAUGUCUGGCGAUGGUAUCUCGGCAUUUAACCAACACUUCAUGGUUCAUAAACAGCAGCAGCGGUAUGAGGAGUUAAAGAUUGUCAGUUCUCUGUCAAAAUAUCCCCCUCCAUUGGAAGAACCGGCUGCCCAAUCAUCUGUAUUACAAGCAUGGACCUUGACUUGCUAUAGACAUUUUCAGUCACUAUCAAGCACUGACUAGUGACUACUGCUUGACUGGCAAUUGAAAAGUUGGCUCAAAGUUCCACCAUGGAAAGUUCAAACGGCAACUCUGGAUGUUCAUGAUGCUGGAGAUAUCUGCACGAACAAUUUCUUCACCCCCUACCCACACCCAAAAAGAGCCCACCAGCACCCCACAGGGCCACACACAGCGAUUGCAGGAAAGUUUCACCUGGAAGAAUCGAAAGAGACUUUAUACCACCGUGGAAAGUUCAAGCUGAAAAGUCCCGUGUAUGGUUGUUCAGAGGACUCUACUAGUACUUAUUUUCAUGGAACUGCAGAAGAAGAAAUACUCUGCUUCCAUGGUUUCCGCUUGAUCUGUUCUUUGGCUGGAUCUUUAUUUUUUAAACGGAUUUGGCUGGAUCUUGAGGUAUGUGAGUAAUGGUUGUAUUGUUCACUUCAUCAUUCCAGCCCCUGCCUUAGUUCUCUUUGCUUCAAACUGGCUUACAAGGACACCUACUUAUUGUGCUUCACAACUAGCUUCUUGUGCUUGAAGAAAAUGUUUUGGACAAGUAGCUGCUUCGUAAGAGUUGUUACUUUCCUAAUUAUGUCCGUUUGGACAACAAGAUGUUUAGGAAGAGACAGCAUCUUUGCAAAUGAAUCACUUCCAGAUGGGGAGACCAUAGUAUCCAUGGAAAAGAGAUUUGUGCUUGGUUUCUUCCCUGGAGCUUCAAACUACCGCUAUGUUGGUAUUUGGUACAACAACUCAGCAGAAAGAACAAUUGUAUGGGUAGCUAACCGGGGGUAUCCGCUAUUAGAUGCUUCAGGAGUCCUUAUGUUUGAUAGUAGUGGAAAUCUGGUGAUUGCACAUGGUGGCAGAUCAUUUAUAGUGGCUUAUGGGUUGGGAGCCAAAGACACAAAGGCCACAAUCCUAGAUUCUGGUAAUCUUGUCAUGAGUAGUAUGGCUAACCAAUCAAGGUACAUAUGGCAGAGUUUUGACUAUCCUUCUGAUACAUGGCUUCCAGAAAUGAAGAUUGGGCUUGGUGGAACAAACCAAUCGCUUACUUCAUGGAGGAGCAGUGGUGACCCAGCAGUGGGGAACUACAAUCUUGGAAUUGAUCCUAUUGGGUUGUCACAACUCUUUAUCUGGUGGAGCGGGCAUACAUUUUGGACCAGUGGAAUCUGGAACGGUGACAUGUUUUCUCUCAUCCCAGAACUUAAACUUUUUACAAAUAUCCCUAUUUUCUUCAGAUGUAAUAACCAUACCAGUGAUAUCUCUUGCACAUACUCCGCUAACCCAUCUGACAGGAUGACAAAGAUUGUGUUGAAUUCAACUGGAUCAUUAAGCAUCAUGCAGUUUGAUUCCCAAGCACAGUCGUGGAGUUUGUUAUGGAAACAUCCAAGUACUUGCGAAGUGCCUAACCUAUGUGGACCUUUUGGUGUGUGCAACAACAAUCCAGUGUCCAAUUGUUCAUGUUUAAGAGGAUUUGAGCCACGAAACAUAGUAGCACAUACCAACGGAUACGCCAGGGAUGGGUGUGGAAGGGUCAUUGGACUGCAAUGUAGCACUGACCAGUUCCUUGAGAUACCUAAUAUGCGACUUCCUGACCAUAGAAGGAAGCUGCCUGUGGUAGGCCUUACAGAAUGUAAACUUGCAUGCUUGAGAAACUGUUCUUGCACAGCUUAUGCUUAUUCAGAAUCGGAAGGCUGCAGCUUGUGGUAUGUUGAUCUUAUGAACUUGCAAAAUGCUUAUUAUGGGGAUGGAGCAGGAACAAUAUGCCUUCGUCUGGCUUACUCAGAAUUAUCCUUUGGGGGUAAAUCAGGUCACAAAAUGCUCUGGAUGGCUGGCGUUAUUCCUACCAUUGCAUUACUUUGCUUUGGCUCCCUUUCAUAUUUUCUUUGGCGAAGGCAACAUAGAAGCAGAGGGAAAGGGAACCUACAUGUUCACCACUCCUUGAUGGCUCUGGAUACGGAUAGUGCGAUCAAACUUUGGGAGAGUGAGGAUGCAGGUUCACACUUAGUGUUGUUUUCAUUCCCCCAAAUUGCAAAUGCUACCAACAAUUUUUCUUCUCAGAAUAAACUUGGAGAAGGGGGGUUUGGUCCUGUGUACAAGGGCAAUUUAUCAGAAGGUCAGGACAUCGCUGUUAAGAGACUUGCAGCAAAUUCAGGACAGGGAUUAGUUGAGUUUAAGAAUGAGGUCCUGCUGAUAGCCAAGCUUCAACACAUAAAUUUGGUUAGGCUCUUAGGCUGCUGCAUUCAAGGGGAAGAAAAGAUUCUUAUCUAUGAGUAUAUGCCAAAUAAAAGUUUGGAUUUCUUCCUCUUUGAACAAUCAAGAAGAGCGGUGUUUGACUGGGCAAUGCGAAUGCAUAUAAUUGAAGGAAUUGCUCACGGUCUUCUCUAUCUUCACAAGCACUCUAGACUAAGAAUUAUUCACAGGGACUUGAAAGCAAGCAACAUCCUGUUGGACAGUGAUAUGAACCCUAAGAUCUCUGAUUUUGGCAUGGCAAGAAUAUUUGGCUCCAAUGAAACUCAAGCUAAUACGAACAGAGUUGUUGGUACAUUUGGUUAUAUGGCUCCCGAGUAUGCAAUGGAAGGCAUUUUCUCAAUUAAGUCUGAUGUCUUCAGCUUUGGUGUGCUACUUUUGGAGAUCAUCAGUGGAACAAGAAAUGCAGGAUCGCACCAACGUGGCCAGUCACUUAACCUGCUUGGCCAUGCUUGGGAAUUAUGGAAAGAAGAUAGAUGGUCUGAUCUCAUUGAUCCAUCAUACCGAAGUGCAUGUCCCGAGCAUAAGGUACAUAGAUGCAUUCACAUUGGCCUGAUGUGUGUCCAGGAGAAGGCUUCUGAUCGGCCCACGAUGAACGAGGUUGCAUCUAUGCUUACUAGUGAGAGCAUCACCAUACCAGAUCCCAGACAACCUGCUUUCCUCUCCAUUGUGCUUCCAUCCGAAACUGUUGUCCAUGAGGAAUCCAUUUCCCUGAACGAAAUAACAAUCACCAAUCUGGAUGGUAGAUAAUAUUGUCUCUGGACGUGGGAAUGGAUUUUGAGAAUCCAAAGUCCAGCCGGACAUUUUUUUUUCCCUUUGCAUUUCACUCAUUUUUAGAUGUGGAUAUCCAUAUCCUUGACAUCCAAGCUGUGUAUGGAAUUUUUGUCUCAAAAAAGGCUGUGUAUGGACUUUUGGAUUCAAUUGGAGCAAAACUUUGGAUAUCCAAAUAUUAAUUGGACUCUUGCGGUGACUCA